AUGGAAGAUCUUGGGGUGAUUGAAAAGCUGUCAGAGCCAACCGGUUGGGUUAAUAGUAUGGUAACUGUCAUAAAGCCACACAAGUUGAGAAUAUGUAUUGAUCCACAUGAUCUAAAUCAUGCCAUCCGAAGGGAGCACCAUCUACUGCCAACUGUUGAAGAAAUUGUAUCACAACUCCCAAAUGCCUGGGUAUUUUCUAUCCUUGAUACCAGUUCUGGUUUAUGGCAAAUAGAACUUGAUGACAGCAGUUCCACAUUGUGUACCUUCAACACUAUAUUUGGACGAUACCAGUUCAAGAAACUUCCAUUUGGUAUUUCAUCAGCUCCAGAAGUUUUUCAGAAAGCUAUGACAACAAUGCUCAAGGGACUUGAUGGAGUUGAGUGCAUCACAGAUGAUAUUUUGGUGUGGGGAAUGGGCAUGGUCCAUAUUUGGCAAAGUUCAUUCUGA